AUGGUACUUGAAGCUGUAGUAGUUUGCCUUGAUAACUCAGAGUGGAGUAGAAACGGAGACUUUGCUCCAUCCAGAUGGGACAGUCAAAUCGAUGCUGCUAAUAUUAUUUGCGAAGCCAAGACUUAACAGAAUCCCGAAAACACUCUUGGCAUUAUGGCAUAUGCUGGCAGAAGAGUUGAUAUCAAGCUUACAUAGACUAACGAUAUUGGUCUCUUGCUUAAUGCUAUAAACACAAUUGAAAUUAAUGGGGAGGCAGACUUUUUCACCGCAGUUAAGGUCAGUCAACUUAGUUUGAAGCACAGACAGAACAAGACUUAGCGUCAAAGAAUCAUUCUCUUCGUGGGACAUCCAUUGAAAGAAGAGGAGGAGCAGUUUGAGGAAUUAGGAAUCAGAAUGAAGAGAAACAAUGUUGCACUAGACGUGAUUAACUUUGCUCACCCUGAAAACGUGCCUAAGCUUCAAAGCUUAAUCAGAGCUUGCAACAACAAUGGAAAUUCUCACUUCCUUGACGUUCCCCUAGGAGUUGCAAUGAUUACAGAUGUCUUGAUUGCUUCCCCAAUAAUCAAUUAAGAAGAUGAAAGCGUUCCAAAUAUGGGAGGAGUAGCAAAUGCAGGUGCUGGAGCAGGCUUAGGUAAUGCAGGCCCUUCAAGAUUCUAAGAAUAUGGUGGUGUUGAUCCAAACCUCGAUCCAGAUCUUGCCAUGGCUCUCAGAAUCUCCUUAGAGGAGGAAAGGGCAAGACAAGCUCAACCCUCAGCUGACGUGCCCGUUGUACAAUAGGAGCAAUAACCAGCAGGAGUUGACUAAUAAAUGGCUGAUGUCUAGGAAGAAGAGGAAUAUGAUGAGGAGGAAAUUCUAGCUUAAGCCAAACUUCUAUCAAUGCAAUAAGAGCAAUAAAAUGCUGAGAGUGGAGCCAACUAGCAAUAGCAGUAGUAACAGCAGCAGACACAGUUCAGCGAGUUAAUGAACAAUGACUUCGUGGGCUAGUUAGUCGCUGAUUUGAACUUAGACUUAAAUCAAGAUGAUAUCGAUAACCUCAUUAGUGAAAUAAAUGCACCAAAGAAAGACGAAGAGCAAAAGAAGAAGGAGGAAGAGGAUAAGAAAUGA